AUGGCGGAAAAGGUGGGAGAAACCGAAUAUGCAGUUGAAAGCAGUGAUUCCGAUAUUGGGAGACCAGCUGCAAGAGACGAGGAGGAUGCGGCCAGAAAGGCCCUCUUGCAGUCUUUCACGCCCGAGGAAGACAAGAUAGUGCGGAGGAAGAUCGAUUGGCGGUUUUUACCACUUAUUGGGAUGAUGUAUCUUGUCAAGACUAUUGAUUAUACAAAUGCUGCAAAUGUCAAGGUGCUCCAGGUUGGAAGUGAGCGGAACGUGCUUACAGAGCUGAGCAUGACGGCGGAUGAGUAUAAUUGGGUGCAAUCUAUCUAUUUUAUCAGCUACAUCAUCUUCGAAGUCCCCAGCAACAUGAUGCUCAAAAGACUCACCCCCCGGCUGUGGCAGUCACGCAUCAUCCUCAGUUGGGGCAUCGUGCUGGCAUGUCACGCCGCUGCAAACAACAAAGAGACGAUGUGGGCGCUGCGCUUCCUGCUGGGCAUGUGCGAGGCAGGCUUGUUCCCGGGGAUCGCGGCGCAGCUGUGCGGCUGGUACCGCAGCGACGAGAUGGGCAAGCCAAUUAUGUGGAUGUUUGCGUUUCAGAACUUCUCUGGUAUUUUGGGGUCGUUGUUGGCUUAUGGAAUUUCUUAUAUGAAUGGAAUGUGCGGGAUGAGUGCGUGGCGAUGGGUCUACCUCCUCGAAGGCCUCUUCACGAUCCUCUUCGCCGUAAUCGUCCACCUUGUCCUCCCCGACUGGCCCAAAAGCCCCCGCAGCUCCAAAUGGCUCACCCCCCGCGAACAAGCCUACAUCGAAGCCAGACUCUCCGAAAACGCCCCGCGGACGGGUGACGCCAAUUUCUCCAAAUCCGAAGUGCUGGACUCGCUGGUCGACCCACGCACCUACGCCUUCAUGUUCUCCCAGCUGCUGGUCAACCUCGCCGGAUACGCCCUCACCUGGGAGCUACCGACCAUCACAACCAGCCUGGGGUUCGCGGGUCUUCCGCGCAACCAGCUGCUGAAUAUCCCGCCCUGCGCGGCGGCCGUGCUGGCUGUCAUGUUCAGCGGGUGGUUCCAGAAGCAGGCUUAUAUGACGCGGCCGGCGUUCGUCAAUUUGUGCAUAAUGGGGCCUAUGCUGCUGUUUUUCGUGCUUCUGGCGACGUUGAGGUCCCCUGUUGGGGUGUAUGUGGCUUGUGUGUUGGGGAAUAUGUUUUAUGCGGUGUAUUUUAUUCCGUUCUGGGCUUGGCGAAGCUCUUCGUUGAAAGGCACAACAGGCGCAGCCUUCACGCUAGCAUUCCAGUCGUGCGUGGGACAAGUCGGCGGCGUGGUCGGCCCGCAGCUGUUCCAGGAGCGAUUUGCAAGCAACGGGUACAAGACACCGUUUGCCAUCUGCGCGGGGAUGGUCGGGGCGGCGUGCGUAACGAAUGCAUGGACGUGGUGGCUGACUCGAAACGUGGAGUGGGAUGUGCGCCGGGUGCGGCGGCUACGGAUGCGCGAGGAGAAGCGGGGGCGGAUCUACGCUGGGGAGGAUGUGCGUGUAUACGAGGAGAGGGAGUUUUAUUCGGGGUUGCGGAGGGAGGAAGGAGCGUGA